AUGGAGGCAGAAAUAAGGGCCUUACUCAGUGGUCUUCUUCUCUUACAAGAACAUGGCCCCCAGGACUAUGAGUUAAUUAUUGAGAUUGAUUCUAAGAUGCUAGUUGAUGUGGUAAAUCAGAAGAUUAAGGCAUCAUGGAAAUUCUGGACUAUCUUGGUUCAAGUCUUUUCUUUGCUUAGGCAUUUCAAUUUUCAGAUUCAUCAUACUUAUCGAGAGGGGAACAUGGUGGCUGAUUCAUUGGCAAACACAGGGCUUCCAAAGCUCUUAGCUCAAACUCCAAGCUCUUCCAACUUAGGUUUCAUUCUCUGCCAGCUCAUGUCUAUAGCUCAUCCAUGCCCUUAG